CAGGGAGCCCGUGGGGCAAUGCAACAAAAUUAGGGAUGACCUGAGAAAUCCGCGCCUUCAAAUCUCUCACUCGCCUAACCAACUCCGGUCGCACUAAUUCUCCGUUGAUCCAAAAUGGAGAAGAAAUCACUCGCCAAAUCUCCACCGGACGCCGCCGCCGCCGCCGCCGAUCAUCUUCUAUGGGACAGCGGAAGCUCGCUCUACGAUUCCUUCGAGCUCAAGGCAUUCGAGCAGCAGCUCGGCUCCGCCAUCGCCAAUUCCGCCAGAGCCUUCUCGAUGCCGCACUUAUCCGACCGCCGAUUCCCUCCGCCGCAUCGGAAGCUGACGCCGGCGUCGAAGAUAACGCGCGUUCUGCAGCGCCUCAUUAGAUCUGUCUUCCAACGGAAAAGCGAGAUCAGAAAUAUUAGCAACUCAACUAAUUUUGCGCACGAUCGAGCGAAAGAGGCUGGAUUCUACUACGUGUUCUACGAUAAAUCCGGCUCUCUCUCGACGAUUCCAGAAGGUUCGGAAUGCGACGCGCUGUUGUCGCCGGAAACCAGAUCGUUUGUGAGGAAAACGGCGUCGGAAAGGUACACGGCGGCGACGACGGCGACGUCGUUUAACGUUUGCAGGGUAUUAGGUUCAGCCGGGGUUUACCCGGUACGCACUUUCAGGUAGCGGCUGCGGAUUCCCACAUCAUAAAAUAAUAAUAAUAAUAAUAAUAAUAAUAAUAAUAAUAAUACUCCCUCGGUCCAAAAAGUAUAGUUCUGGUAGUUGGUAAAAAGUAAUGAUAAAUGACUUUUUUGCCCAUGUGAGUAUAUUAUUGUUAAAAGUAGUGGCAAUUGUGUAAUAAUAAUGAAAAAAUAGGGAUCGUUUUAUGGUGAUAUAAUUAUUUAUAGAAAUGAGACUAUUGUUUUGAAACGAACAAAAAUGAUAAACAAGUGUGCGUGUAUAUUUGUAUUUUUUUUAAUAAUAUUUGUGAGAAAUUAU